CUCUGCAUUCUAAAGAAUUGCUCUAGAACUCCUAGUGGGAAUUUCAUUCUUUUUUGUAUGAAGCACCGUAGGCCUGAAGAGAACCCAUCUGAGAAAACCCUGUGUCUUCAGUGUCAAUAUGGAUUUCUCAAAUUAUUCAAGGAUGGAGAAUCUUCAUUAGUGUUAAAUGCAUUGCCACCAACAUAUGAGAUGGCCUCAUCACAAAGGAAAGGACUACAGGCAAGAAUUCUCAGUUCUGAAGAAGAGGAGAAACUGAAAAGAGACCAAAUUUUGGUGUCUGAUUUUAAACAACAAAAACUGGAAAAAGAUGCUCAGAAGAACUGGGACCUUUUUUACAAAAGAAAUACUACCAAUUUUUUCAAAGAUAGACACUGGACCACCAGAGAGUUUGAGGAGCUAAGAUUAUGUAGGGAGUUUGAAGGCCAAAAAUUAACCAUGCUUGAAGCUGGUUGUGGGGUUGGAAAUUGUUUAUUCCCGCUUUUAGAAGAAGAUAUGAAUAUCUUUGCCUAUGCCUGUGAUUUUUCUCCAAGAGCAGUUGAAUUUGUUAAGCAAAAUCCUUUAUAUAACACUGAGAGAUGCCAGGUAUUCCAGUGUGAUCUCACUAAAGAUGACCUUCUGGAUCACGUACCACCAGAAUCUGUGGACGUUGUCAUGUUGAUAUUUGUGCUCUCAGCCAUUCACCCUGAUAAGAUGCACCUUGUUUUACAAAACAUUUACAAGGUAUUAAAACCAGGCAAAAGUGUCUUGUUCCGUGACUAUGGACUGUAUGAUCAUGCCAUGCUUAGGUUUAAAGCUGGAAGCAAACUUGGAGAAAACUUUUAUGUUAGACAAGAUGGAACCCGAUCAUAUUUUUUUACUGAUGAAUUCCUGGCUCAGCUCUUUGUGGACACAGGUUAUGAAGAAGUGGUGAACGAGUAUGUGUUUCGAGAGACGGUGAAUAAAAAGGAGGGCCUGCGUGUGCCGAGGGUUUUCCUUCAGAGCAAAUUUCGAAAGCCUCUGAAGAACUCAAAGCCUGCAACCCUGGGCCUGGGUCACCUGGCUGGGAAUUGUGCCUCCCCUUGAGGAGAGGAGAGCUUGAGAUUACUUUUUUAAGUUUGUAUAUUUUUAUACUUUAAUUUUUUAAAUUGGUAUAUAUAUAUAUAAUUCAUGCAUUUAAAAAAGGAGCAAGCGGGUGACUGCUACUAGAAAUGCAAAUAAAACUUCAAAGCCUGAAAGCAAACAAAGUUUCAUGGUAUAACAAAGUUUAGCUAUGUCAUCCAACUGUAAAAUUCCACAUAGGAAAGCGUUAAGAACCCUGUAGCACUCAAGAAAGAUCCUUGUCAUUACUCAUAUAACUCUGGAAGAGUGCUCCGGGCAGCAUGACAGACAGGCGUAUAGAAAAAUGAGGCCAAAUCGACUAAAAUAACACAUCCACAUGUAUUUUUAGACUGAAGGAUUGUUCUCUUUUUCCAGUGUCUUAUUUGCCCAUUUAAUCCAUUUAUGUAUCUCUACAAGGUCAGGAUUGCAACACAUACCAUUUUGCUAUGUCUGUACUCAAGAGCCACCCUGACAUUCUCCCUGAUUCUUGAUACCCUCUAAUUGGGCCAGUUCCUGACCACACUUUCCCCUAGGAGAGAGAGGCAAACGCCACCACCUGUCUCCACAUCCCGACUCCCAUCUGUCCAGUGCAGCUAAUCUCUAGUUCAAAGUUCGAAUUUUAGGGCUAUGAAGGGGCAUUAGAAUGGAUUGGCCUAAUUCCCUAUUUGCAAAUAAGAAGUGGCUGGGGGAACUCAGGCUAAAACCCAAUAGCUAGUGUGGUGGAAUAUGGGGAAAUGCCUGAAUUGGUCUGCUGCCCUGUCUCUCUGCCCCUGUCUUGCCAUAUAAUGAC